UCGUUACAAGAGGGACCAAAAACGACAGCUAUGUACGGAAUGAAGAAUAGUUUUAAAGUUACUCUCUUCUUUUGCAUCCUAGGUCUGAUCGCCUGUCUAGGAGAUCCCAAGGACUUUUCUGGAUGUUUAGAAUCUGGUUUCGGCUGUGAAGGUCCUGCUGUACCGGAUUUCACGUAUUGGAAUACAGAUGAAGUAAAUCUGAAAGAUGAAACUGGAUGGGAUCACACAGUGAAUUGUAGCAACCUUGGCUAUGUCAGCAGAGCCCAGUGGGGAGGCAGGACACCAACAUCAUAUGAAAACAUGGGAAAGAAAGUAAGCAUUGUCUUCAUUCAUCACACUGUUCUCAGUCACUGCACAACCGGCUAUGAAUGUAAGGAGGCAGUGCGGAAGGUCGAGGAGCUCCACAAAGACGUGUUAAAAUGGGACGACAUUGGGUACAAUUUCCUGGCUGGUGAAGACGGAAGGAUUUACCAGGCACGGGGGUGGGAUCGUGUUGGUGCACAUACCAAAGGUUUCAACAAAAUAGCAAUCUCCAUUGGUGCUAUGGGAAACUUCAUGCUCCAAACUCCAGACCAAAAAAUGUUGGAUGCCAUACAGGCUCAACUCGAAUGUGGAGUGGUUUCUGGCAAACUGGAACCUGACUAUAAGCUGUAUGGUCACCGGGACGCUAAAGCAACAGAGUCCCCCGGAGAUUUCCUGUACAAUAUCAUCAAAACAUGGCCUCACUUUGAUCAGGAUACACCACGACCGAUACAGCCCCCAAUGCUGUAGGCCUGAACAGCUUUUAAUACUCAUUUACCGAUACAGCCCCUAAUGCUCUAGACCUGAACAGAUUUUAAUACACAUUUACCGAUAC